GAACUAGAACUAGUAUGGAAAAACAACAACCGCCGCCGCCGCUCUUUCUCUUCCUCCUCCUAUUACUAUUACCUCCGGCCACCACCGCCGCCGCUCCCUCCUCCUCCUCCGCCCUCGAUCCGAAGCAGCUGAGAGCGCUCCAGUCCCUCAACAUUCCCACUUCCGACGACCCCUGUUCCCCCUCCUUCCACGACAACGCCACUCUCUGCGACUCCUCCGCCCCAUUCCGCCACCUCCUCUCUCUUCGCCUCGCCAACUGCUCCGACGACGUCGCUUUGUCCUUCACCGCCCUCAAGUCCCUCUCCACUCUCCGCUCUCUCCAGUUCCUCAACUGCCCCAUCUCCCCCAUCCGCUUCCCCGCCGAUCUCGCCGCUUCUCUCCGCUCCUUCACUUGCGUCGCCAGUCUCCACAGACUCACCGGCGUCUGGCUCAGCCGCCUCCGCAACCUUACCGAUCUCACCGUCUCCCACGUCUCCAUUACCGCCUCUGGCCCUUAUGUCAUUCUCGGCAAUAUGAAAUCUCUCACCUCUCUCACCAUUUCCCACGCCAAUCUCACUGGCUUCAUUCCCAAACACCUCAAUCCCAAUCUCACCCAUCUUGAUUUCUCUAACAAUAAGCUCAGGGGCAAAAUACCCACCUCCGUUACAUUGCUGGAAAAUCUCGAAUUCUUGAAUUUGUCGCUCAAUUCGCUCACUGGUGAAAUCCCCACUUCGAUUGGGGACUUGAUUUCGCUCCAGAACCUGUCAUUGGCCUCAAAUUUGCUGUCGGGGUCCAUCCCGGAGUCUUUCUCUGCAAUCCCGGGGCUCGUCCACGUUGAUCUGGGUUCGAAUCAUUUGAACGGCACCAUUCCCAGGUUCAUUUCGGAGAUGAAAGGGUUGAAGUACUUGAAUCUGGAGAACAACCAGUUUCAUGGCGUAAUUCCUUUCAAUGAAUCGUUUAUCAAGAGAUUGGAAGUGUUGAAGAUUCAGGGGAAUAACAAUCUAUGCUAUAACCAUUCGAUUUUGUCGUCCAAGUUGAAGCUUGGAAUUCCUCCUUGUGACAAACACGGGCUGCCGAUACCUCCACCGCCGGGUAAAGACGACGGCGAUUCCAUGUGGGAUGAUGAUGGUGGGAGUGAUUAUGAUGGGAGUGAGGAGAAUGAUGAUUCAAGUCAGAAUCAUAAGGAGGAGAAUCAUCAUCAUGGGCCCAAUAAGGUAGUUCUUGGAGUCGCAAUUGGUCUCUCCUCCAUAGUUUUUCUCAUCGUUUUCUCGGUUCUAAUGUCCAAAUGUUGUCGUUGAUUCAAACAGCCACCACAACUACGAUUACAGUAGGAAAAUUGUUUUGGAAACAGAGUUUUUUCAAUUUUAUCUCACACUUACACGUCGAUGAGGAAAUUUCUUUUUUUUUUUUUCUUAAUAUGGGGGGUGGCAUUGGAUCAUUGGGUGGAGUGGUUCCAAUUUUUGGCUUGUAUGUUCGAUUGAUGGUGAAAUUUCUUAAGGAUAAAGUUCAGUUUUGUA